AUUGUUAAAGAUGAACACAAGAAAAGUGUUGAACACCUUCCUCUCCUUUCAAACUCCUUAACCAAAAGUACUUUUUCCAUCUUCUUUGCGUUUUUCUCUCUGUCUCUCUUUUUUUCUGUUCCAUCAGAUCAUUCAUAAAGCCAAUCCAGCCACCAGGUGACUUUCCUCGAUCGAUCCUUAAUCACCAUCUUGAGGCAAGACCAUGAAUGUUGAGGUACGGUCAAGAGUCUUUGACCAAGAAGCUGGCUCAACUCUUUCUUCGUUGAGAGAUGGUGAUCUGUCUACACAAAGACUGUUUCGGUGUAUCCCUUAUGAAUUAGAUCUCAAUCCCCUACGCAUUGUAAUAGCGGAAUUGGUGGGGACGUUCAUUCUAAUGUUCAGCGUGUGUGGGGUCAUUAGCAGUACUCAGUUGUCCGGUGGUCAUGUCGGACUGCUAGAGUACGCCGCGACGGCUGGUCUAUCGGUGGUUGUCGUAGUUUAUUCCAUCGGACACAUCUCCGGCGCCCAUCUCAACCCUUCCAUCACCAUUGCUUUCGCACUCUUCGGUGGAUUUCCAUGGUCUCAGGUUCCGUUAUAUAUAAUGGCGCAAACGCUGGGGGCAACGGCGGCAACGUUAGCUGGGGUGUCAGUUUACGGAGUAAACCCUGACCUAAUGAUAACAAAACCUGCGUUAAGCUGCGUUUCUGCGUUUUUCGUUGAACUUGUUGCUACGAGCAUUGUCGUGUUUCUAGCAUCCGCGUUGCAUUGUGGUCCUCAUCAAAAUUCGAGUAACUUGACGGGGUUAGUGAUUGGAGCAGUCAUAUCCCUUGGGGUGCUUAUUACCGGACCGAUUUCAGGAGGAUCGAUGAACCCAGCACGAUCACUUGGACCGGCGGUGGUGGCAUGGGAUUUUGAGUACAUAUGGGUUUACAUGACUGCUCCAGUGAUCGGAGCCAUCAUGGGGGUUUUGACAUACAGAACAAUUAGCCUCAAAAGCAGGCCUUCUCCACACUCCCCUCCGGUCUCUUCGCUUUUACGCUAACUAUUCAGCUCAAAGCCUACAGUAUCUAAUUAAGUUAACCUUAAUUACUCUACUAAUAAACACUUUUACUCUACGUUUAAUGUAGUCCAUUAUGUCUAUAUUGGACCUCGAUUGAGACUACUACUAAAUUCUAAUGUUGCUUGGAUAUUCAUAUUUUACAAGAAUCCAUUUAUAUGCAUGAAAGCAUUUUUCUUA